AUGCCAGAGACAACGCAAGAGACGUGCGCUCCGGCCAAGGACUCUCCUUUCUUCAUUAAGAACCUGCUGAACUGUGAUAGCAAACCAUCCAAACCCAAGCCCGUGCUGGCUGCCGCCAAGGCGGCCUUAGAGGGAGGAUUUUCCCUUUCCCAGGUCGGGGACUUCAACUUUCCACGCUUUGACCUGCCCGCACAGAGGUUCAGUCUACCGGCUCACUACUUGGAGCGCACCUCGGCGUGGUGGUACCCCUACGCCCUAAGCUCAUCCGCCCACCUACACAGAAACGAAGUCACCGAGAAACCAGGAGCCAGAGACUCCUCUCCAACCUCAGGCACAGACAGAGACUCGCCGGAACUGGUACUCAAAUCCGAACCAGAUGCCAAAGACGACGACGACGACGAUGAGCACAACAACAAAAGCGGCGACGAGAUAAUCCUGGAGGAGAGCGACACGGAAGAAGCCAAAAAAGACGAGCUGGAGGAGUGGAAGAAGAGGGACGACGACAAGAAGCCGUGCCGCAAGAAGAAGACGCGCACGGUAUUUUCCCGGAGCCAAGUGUUCCAGCUUGAGUCCACCUUCGACAUGAAGCGGUACCUGAGCAGCUCGGAGCGGGCCGGCCUGGCCGCGUCCCUCCACCUGACGGAGACUCAGGUGAAAAUCUGGUUCCAGAACAGGAGGAACAAGUGGAAAAGACAACUGGCCGCGGAGCUGGAGGCAGCCAACCUGAGCCACGCCGCAGCGCAGAGGAUAGUCCGGGUGCCUAUCCUCUACCACGAGAACUCGGCCUCUGAGAACGGAGGCGCCGGUGCCAACGUGCCCGCCAGCCAGCCACUGCUCACCUUCCCGCACCCGGGCGUCUAUUACUCGCAUCCCAUCGUCACAUCCGUGCCGCUGCUCAGACCGGUUUGAGUCUUUGCGGCACAAGUUGGUGUUUAUUUUCCAAAUCAACUCAUCCGAAAGUUAAAAAAAAAACAACAAAAAAAGACUUAGCCUAAUAUUUUUGUACAACUGACUGAAUGAAGAAACAAGGAAAAAGAAAAGAAUAGAGACACACUGUCAGGCCUACAUGGACCUACUUUGGCAAAUAUAUUGUCAUGUGUCAUUUUCCAUAAGGGUGCCGUUUACACAUAAUCCAACAACUCAAACUUUGUUUAUUAUUAUUAUUAUUAUUAUUAUUAUUAUUAUAAACCUAUGUAAUUAUCACCUCAGGAGUCCAUCUGCUUACACUGCCUGAUGAGUGUCUUAUUUUUCCACCAUGACUGUUGCUGGGCAGGCCAACUCUGUGUGAUGUAAAAAAAAAUAAUAAUAAUAAUAAUGUUUACAAAAAUUGGCGGCUUAAAGGCGCGGGCCUGAAAUCGUCUGACAUAGUUUAAUUAUAUGAUUUUAUUUUCAUUUCCAGAACUGAUUACAUGAUGAUGUGCAAUACACUGACGGUGUGCUGUGAAUGGGAAAUAUAGCCUAGGGCCUACAUGUUUUUUGUCAUCUGUUCACGGUGGAAUAUUGAUGAGGCUUUGGUUGUAAUUUCCCUUUUUUUGUUUUGUUUUUUUGAAGCGCUUGACGGGGGACAAUCAAGACACUCAAACUGUAAACUACCCAUGUAGCUUUAUGUUUAGUUUUGGUGAUUCUCACUCUUGUUCUCUCCACAUGGACACGCCCUUCAAGCACAAGUGUGAGCUCCAAUGUCUCUUAAUCUACUUUGUGUUUUUGAACAGGAGCGACAAAAAUAUCACUGGUGUAAAAAAUAUGUAAAUGUAUGUAUUUAAUGAGGCCCAGGGAGAAGGGCUGCCACUUGCGGCUUCUCCUUUGUACAGUAAAAACAACGUUUUGAUAUUGUAUUGCUGAACCAUGUUGUGAAAUAAAUGGAGAAUAUUCCUUA